CUACACUGAGAUAGGGAAAAGAAGACAGCCUUUCUUCAACUCCGAAUCAACAAACAGAUAUAUCAAGCCUCUUCAUAUCCAGAUUCUGAACAAACAUUGACAACAUGCUUUCAGUUGCACAGAGAUCUACCAGAUGCCUGUCUGCUUUUUCUGCUGCUCGAGGACUCCAUAAGUCUGCACUAGAUGUGGCAGAGCGUCCUGCCCCUGAGGAAACAGUGACCAGCAGCUUUGGCAGGUUUAUUCAGAGCGUACAACCAAGGCAUCUGUCACCAACCGUGCUGCAGCGCAGCAAACGCAUGAUUCUGGACAGCAUCGGCGUUGGGCUUUUGGGAAGCAACACUGAGGUGUUUGAACUGGUCCUUCAGCACUGCCAGCACAUGUAUGCUUCUGAUGACGUCAGCUUCGUCUAUGGGCGCCAAGGUGUGAAGCUUUCUCCAACGCUUUCAGCUUUUGUCAAUGGAGUUGCAGCUCACUCAAUGGACUUUGAUGACACUUGGCACCCUGCAACCCACCCCUCUGGAGCGGUUCUGCCUGCCCUCCUGGCUAUAAGUGACAUGUUGCAAAAGAACAGCAAAACAAGUGGGCUCGACUUUCUAACCGCCUUCAAUGUGGGCAUCGAAAUACAGGGUCGACUGAUGAGAUUCUCCAAUGAGGCUCACAACAUCCCUAAGAGGUUUCAUCCUCCCAGUGUGGUGGGAACUCUGGGUAGUGCUGCUGCCUGUGCUCGCCUCCUCUCUCUGGACCGCAAUCAGUGCAGUAAUGCCCUGGCCAUCGCUGCAUCUUUGGCAGGUGCGCCAAUGGCUAACGCCGCCACACAAUCCAAACCUCUUCACAUCGGAAACGCCUCGCGCCUCGGGCUCGAAGCAGCCCUGCUGGCAUCUCGUGGCUUGGAAGCAAGUCCUCUGGUCCUGGAUGCAGUGCCUGGCGUAGCUGGCUUCAGCGCUUUCUAUGAAGACUACGCCCCACACCCCAUCCCGUCCCCCGAGAGGGAUGAGCACAUCUUCCUCUUAGAGAAACAAGACAUCGCUUUCAAGCGCUUUCCCGCACACCUCGGGAUGCACUGGAUCGUUGAUGCUGCCUCUGUUGUGCGCAAGACCCUGGUUGGCCUGAGAGGAGGCAGCGUUUCUCCAAACCUGGUGCAGGACAUCCUGCUUAGGGUGCCGCUCUCCAAGUACAUCAACCGUCCGUUCCCGGAGACAGAGCACCAGGCACGACACUCCUUCCAGUUUAAUGCCUGCACUGCCCUGUUGGAUGGAGAAGUCACGGUGCGGUCCUUCCACCCAGAAGCCAUCCGACGGCCCGAACUUCAUGCGCUCCUCUCCCGUGUCCGUUUGGAGCACCCCCACGACAACCCGGCCAAUUUCAACAUAAUGUACGGCGAGGUGGAGGUUACCUUGGUAAGUGGAGAUGUCCUAAAAGGGCGAUGUGACACCUUCUACGGCCAUUGGAGGAACCCACUUAGCCAAGAAAGCCUGCAGAAAAAGUUCUGUAACAAUGCAGGCACAGUUCUGUCCAAUGAGAGGGUGGAGAGGCUGAUCGAAGCUGUCGAAGGCCUGGAGCAUCUAGAUGACUGUAAACCACUGCUGACUCCACUGCAUUGAACAGCUUGGUGCUUUUAUUACGAAAUG